AUGGAAAGCAAGUACGAGCCCCUGGACCCCGACCGGGUCCACGCCCUCAACGCCCUCAGCCCCCACCUCAAGCCCCAGCUCUACACCGACCUGCCCCUGGCCAGGGUCGAAAUGCCCCAGGUGGUCUCCCGCCAGGCCACGGUCAACAUCGGGACGAUCGGGCACGUGGCCCACGGCAAGUCGACCGUGGUCAAGUCGAUCUCCGGAGUGCACACAGUGCGGUUCAAGCAGGAGAAGGUGCGCAACAUCACCAUCCGCCUGGGGUACGCCAACGCCAAGAUCUACAAGUGCCCGGUCUGCGAGGGCCCCGAGGCCUACAAGUCCUUUUCGUCGGCGCACGAGGACAGUCCGCCAUGUCCGAACAAGGAGUGCGCGGGGGUGCUGCAGCUGCAGCGGCACGUGUCGUUCGUGGACUGCCCGGGGCACGACAUCCUGCUGUCGACGAUGCUGACGGGGGCGGCGGUGAUGGACAGCGCAUUUCUGCUGAUCGCGGCGAACAUGGACUGCCCGCAGCCGCAGACCUCGGAGCACGUGGUGGCGGUGUAGAUCAUGAAGCUGGACAACAUAAUCAUCCUGCAGAACAAGGUGGACCUGGUCUCGAACAACCCGAAGAAGAUCCAGGAGAACUACAAGCAGAUCAAGGCCUUCAUCAAGGAGACCCGGUGCGCGCGCUCCCCCAUCAUCCCCGUCUCCGCCAUCUUCAAGUACAACAUCGACUGCAUCUGCCAGGCCAUCUGCGACUUCGUCCCCGUCCCUGCCCGCGACCUGGCCGCCCCGCCCCAGCUCAUCAUCAUCCGCUCCUUCGACGUCAACCUCCCCAGCACUCCCAUCGCCGACCUCAAGGGCGGAGUCGUGGGCGGCUCCAUCACCCAGGGCGUGCUCCGGGUCGGCGAGGAGGUCGAGAUCCGCCCGGGCAUGGUCUCGAAGGACGAGAAGGGGCAGUUGGUCUGCAGGCCCAUCCGGUCGCGCGUGAUCUCGCUGCUGGCGGAGGCGAACGGCCUGCUGUACGCGGUGCCGGGCGGGCUGAUCGGGGUGGGGCUGCUGAUCGACCCGUCGCUGACGCGCAACGACAAGCUGGUGGGGAACAUGCUGGGGCUGCCGGGACAGCUGCCGGACAUCUACGAAGAGCUGACUGUGAAGUUCUACCAGAUGAAGCGGCUGCUGGGGGUGUCGAAGUCGGACGGGCGGGAGAAGCAGGCCAAGGUGCAGAAGGUGCAGCCGGGCGAGGUGCUCAAGCUGAACGUGCCGGGCAAGAUCGUCUCGGUCAAGGAGGAGUUCCUGGUGGUGCAGCUGAUCAACCCCGUCUGCAUCAAGCUGGGGGACAAGGCCGCCUUCAGCCGCCGCAUCGAGAAGAAGUACCGCCUCAUCGGCUGGGGCGAGAUCAAGGAGGGCCGCCUCUGCAGGCUCCAGGAAUGA